AUGAAUUACAAAUUCAUCUCACUUGUGAACAGGAAAAGUGAUCAAUCGAUGAAUAAAUGUGAUGAUCAAAAUAAAGCAAAAGUUUAUCAAACCAAAAUAAAAGUGUUGAGAAUAUUUCUCACAGCAUCCCUUUCUUGUGCGCAAUCUGCUUUUACAGAACUUCAAGUACUCAAUUGUUUGCUAAAAGAUUCCCGCCAGGUUUUCAUUAGAGCUAGCUACAAACCUACGUCACCUGUUCAAUUGGAAUCGUGUCUUAAUCACAACUGGUCGCCCGUUUUGAAAUUACAUCAGUUCUCUCGUGGAAAUUUUGCUACCACCACACCACUAGCUAUUCAUGUGUCACAAUUCAGCGUAGGCAAACAAUCAAAAGAAAAUAUUUGCAGAGAAUUUCCAUGCAGUAGGAAAAUCUUGGAAAAUGCCUUACUGCGGAUCAGUUAUCGACGGUCAAGAGUUGUAACUGCUGAGCUAAGAAUUCUGCAUAUUCAUUUAAGAUCUCCACAAGAAAAUUAA